AUGUCACUUGAACUGAAAACAAAUGAACCUCCUACAACAGUGCCUCCAUCAACUACAAAAGCUCCAACGUCUUCUGCAUCUUCAGGUACAACAACAGCUCAAACUAUGUCAUUUGCACCAACAACAGCUGAAGCUCCCACAACCGCAGUUGUGACUCAAGAAACCUCAACUCUAACAACUAUAUCUACAGUUUCACAAAGUACAACUGCACCUGCAACAAUUACAACUGCAUCUUCCAUUACCAUGACAGUGCCACCCUCUACUACAACUUCUCCUGCUUCUUCUGCAUCUCCAGGUACAACAGCAACUUCAACAACAUCUCUUGUACCCACAACAACUGAAGCUCCCACAACAGUGCUUCCAUCAACUACAACAGCUACUGCUUCUACUGAAUCUCUAGGUACAUCAACAACUCCAAAUAUGUCACUUGCCUCCACAAUAACUAAAGCUCUCACAACAGUGCCUCCUUCAUCUACAACAGCUCCUACAUCAUUUGCAUCUCUAAGUACAACAUCAACUCAAACUUCAUUUUUUACACCCUCAACUACUAAAGCUCCCACAACCACAGAUGUGACUCAAGCAACCACAACCCCAGCGACUACGUCUACAGUUUCACUAAGUACAACUGCACCUGGAACAACAACUACACCUUCCACAACCAUGACAGUGUCUCCAUCUGCUACAACAGCUCCCAGACCAUCUACAACUCUUGCUAUGUCUACAACAUCAGAAAGUACAGCUGCACAUUCAGCAACAAUAAACACAACUGUUACUCCAACUGCUCCAACUGCAGUGACAUCAGGACCUCCAAUAACCACAUUAUCAGAAAGUUCAGCUGCUUCUCCAACAACAGCAGCUAUUGUUUCAACAACUAAAAAUUCUAUCAAAACAACGGAAUCACCAACAACCAUAACUUCAUCUACAACAACAACAUCUGCAUAUACAAACAUAGCAACUAAUGUGCGAGCAACAACAGCAUUUGAAAAAUCUACUGCAGGACUAACAAGCACAUCUGCAACUUCCAAUUUGAUCAUUCCAGCUUCAAUGACCACAACGUCAACUACAAGUUCAGAUUUCACCACUAGAAUAGUCAAGACCACAACUACAAUUCAAACACAAUAUGAAACUCUAACAAGUAAAACUGUAGCUGUAACAAUGAUGCCUACAUCCUCUGCUCCUGCAACAUUUGCUCCCAGAACAACAAUAGCUUUAUCCACUAAAACUCCAACAAAAACAUCGGAAUCUCCAAAAAUCACAACUGUAUCCAUGACACCCAUGACUGUCAUCCCCACCAUUACAAUGGCAACUCAAAUCUCAACUACAGUUCCAAGCACAGCAACAAACACAACCGCAGCUUUUACCACCACAGCUCCAGAUCAGAAUACAAUGGCAAUUUCAACUAAAACAACUUUAUAUCCAACAACCAACAACGUGUCUUUGGCAACAAUGCUUUCAGAAACUACAACUGCAACAACAACAACCACGAAUAGCGGUCAAACUAUCACAGCUCUCAACAGACCAACUGAAUUUCUAAUAUCAAAUAUAACAUCCCUAGCAACUCAAACUGUUCCUCAAACCAGAAAUACUCAGACCUCUACUGCAGCUUCUAGCACCGUUGAAUUUAAAACAGAAGGGACAGAUCUAACAAGCACAACUAAGGCAACAGCUCCAUCAACAAUACUUGAAACAACAAAAACUCCACAACAAAACUUAACAAAUUUGACUGGUGCUGCUGUAGUCAUUAGCGAACUGCUGUUCAACUCCUCAUCUUCAGUCCCCAGCGAAGCUCUGGUCCUCAGUGCCAUCAGUAAUCUCCGGAACUCCAGAGAGUCACAGCUCAACAAAUCGGUGAAGCUGGUGAAUUUCACCUAUGAGAAAAUCUCUGAAACCUCAUAUGCCAUCAUCCUUACAUUUAAUCUGAGUAAUAUCAGCAUUCCAGAGGAUCCGUCUCUAGGAGACAACGCGUACCAGCAAGUGCAGGAUAUAGUCAAUAAUGCGCUCAACACUCUUCUGAAUGAUCCUGGUAGUCAGGUUUUGAGACCCAAGUCCUCCAACUUCACGAGCACAUCAAACCAAAUUGUGGGCAUCAUGGAAUACACCUUCCAGGAUGGAGAUGCUAUAAAACCAGUCAGCUUCCUGAAUGAGCUUCGUUUACUGACUGGUAUAAUUGACGACAACAACAACAGUGUCUCCAUUUACAACAUUCAUCUCCCUGUGACUCCUCUAAUCCUAGUAUCUGGUUCUGCAGUAGUGACAAGCAAACUGCUGUUCAACUCCUCAUCUUCAGUCCCCAGCGAAGCUCUGGUCCUCAGUGCCAUCAGUAAUCUCCGGAACUCCAGAGAGUCACAGCUCAACAAAUCGGUGAAGCUGGUGAAUUUCACCUAUGAGAAAAGCUCUGAAACCUCAUAUGCCAUCAUCCUUACAUUUAAUCUGAGUAAUAUCAGCAUUCCAGAGGAUCCUUCUCUAGGAGACAACGAGUACCAGCAAGUGCAGGAUAUUGUCAAUAAUGCGCUCAACACUCUUCUGAAUGAUCCUGGUAGUCAGGUUUUGAGACCCAAGUCCUCCAACUUCACGAGCACAUCAAACCAAAUUGUGGGCAUCAUGGAAUACACCUUCCAGGAUGGAGAUGCUAUAAAACCAGUCAGCUUCCUGAAUGAGCUUCGUUUACUGACUGAAUUGACGACAACAACAACAGUGUCUCCAUUUACAACAUUCAUCUCCCCUGUGACUCCUCUAAUCCUAGUAUCUGGUUCUGCAGUAGUGACAAGCAAACUGCUGUUCAACUCCUCAUCUUCAGUCCCCAGCGAAGCUCUGGUCCUCAGUGCCAUCAGUAAUCUCCUGAACUCCAGAGAGUCACAGCUCAACAAAUCGGUGAAGCUGGUGAAUUUCACCUAUGAGAAAAGCUCUGAAACCUCAUAUGCCAUCAUCCUUACAUUUAAUCUGAGUAAUAUCAGCAUUCCAGAGGAUCCUUCUCUAGGAGACAACGCGUACCAGCAAGUGCAGGAUAUUGUCAAUAAUGCGCUCAACACUCUUCUGAAUGAUCCUGGUAGUCAGGUUUUGAGACCCAAGUCCUCCAACUUCACGAGCACAUCAAACCAAAUUGUGGGCAUCAUGGAAUACACCUUCCAGGAUGGAGAUGCUAUAAAACCAGUCAGCUUCCUGAAUGAGCUUCGUUUACUGACUGCAACAACAGUGUCUCCAUUUACAACAUUCAUCUCCCCUGUGACUCCUCUAAUCCUAGUAUCUGGUUCUGCAGUAGUGACAAGCAAACUGCUGUUCAACUCCUCAUCUUCAGUCCCCAGCGAAGCUCUGGUCCUCAGUGCCAUCAGUAAUCCGAACUCCAGAGAGUCACAGCUCAACAAAUCGGUGAAGCUGGUGAAUUUCACCUAUGAGAAAAGCUCUGAAACCUCAUAUGCCAUCAUCCUUACAUUUAAUCUGAGUAAUAUCAGCAUUCCAGAGGAUCCUUCUCUAGGAGACAACGCGUACCAGCAAGUGCAGGAUAUUGUCAAUAAUGCGCUCAACACUCUUCUGAAUGAUCCUGGUAGUCAGGUUUUGAGACCCAAGUCCUCCAACUUCACGAGCACAUCAAACCAAAUUGUGGGCAUCAUGGAAUACACCUUCCAGGAUGGAGAUGCUAUAAAACCAGUCAGCUUCCUGAAUGAGCUUCGUUUACUGACUGAAUUGACGACAACAACAACAGUGUCUCCAUUUACAACAUUCAUCUCCCCUGUGACUCCUCUAAUCCUAGUAUCUGGUUCUGCAGUAGUGACAAGCAAACUGCUGUUCAACUCCUCAUCUUCAGUCCCCAGCGAAGCUCUGGUCCUCAGUGCCAUCAGUAAUCUCCGGAACUCCAGAGAGUCACAGCUCAACAAAUCGGUGAAGCUGGUGAAUUUCACCUAUGAGAAAAUCUCUGAAACCUCAUAUGCCAUCAUCCUUACAUUUAAUCUGAGUAAUAUCAGCAUUCCAGAGGAUCCUUCUCUAGGAGACAACGCGUACCAGCAAGUGCAGGAUAUUGUCAAUAAUGCGCUCAACACUCUUCUGAAUGAUCCUGGUAGUCAGGUUUUGAGACCCAAGUCCUCCAACUUCACGAGCACAUCAAACCAAAUUGUGGGCAUCAUGGAAUACACCUUCCAGGAUGGAGAUGCUAUAAAACCAGUCAGCUUCCUGAAUGAGCUUCGUUUACUGACUGAAUUGACGGCAACAACAACAACAGUGUCUCCAUUUACAACAUUCAUCUCCCCUGUGACUCCUCUAAUCCUAGUAUCUGGUUCUGCAGUAGUGACAAGCAAACUGCUGUUCAACUCCUCAUCUUCAGUCCCCAGCGAAGCUCUGGUCCUCAGUGCCAUCAGUAAUCUCCGGAACUCCAGAGAGUCACAGCUCAACAAAUCGGUGAAGCUGGUGAAUUUCACCUAUGAGAAAAGCUCUGAAACCUCAUAUGCCAUCAUCCUUACAUUUAAUCUGAGUAAUAUCAGCAUUCCAGAGGAUCCUUCUCUAGGAGACAACGCGUACCAGCAAGUGCAGGAUAUUGUCAAUAAUGCGCUCAACACUCUUCUGAAUGAUCCUGGUAGUCAGGUUUUGAGACCCAAGUCCUCCAACUUCACGAGCACAUCAAACCAAAUUGUGGGCAUCAUGGAAUACACCUUCCAGGAUGGAGAUGCUAUAAAACCAGUCAGCUUCCUGAAUGAGCUUCGUUUACUGACUGAAUUGACGGCAACAACAACAACAGUGUCUCCAUUUACAACAUUCAUCUCCCCUGUGACUCCUCUAAUCCUAGUAUCUGGUUCUGCAGUAGUGACAAGCAAACUGCAGUUCAACUCCUCAUCUUCAGUCCCCAGUGAAGCUCUGGUCCUCAGUGCCAUCAGUAAUCUCCGGAACUCCAGAGAGUCACAGCUCAACAAAUCGGUGAAGCUGGUGAAUUUCACCUAUGAGAAAAUCUCUGAAACCUCAUAUGCCAUCAUCCUUACAUUUAAUCUGAGUAAUAUCAGCAUUCCAGAGGAUCAUUCUCUAGGAGACAACGGGUACCAGCAAGUGCAGGAUAUAGUCAAUAAUGCGCUCAACACUCUUCUGAAUGAUCCUGGUAGUCAGGUUUUGAGACCCAAGUCCUCCAACUUCACGAGCACAUCCAACCAAAUUGUGGGCAUCAUGGAAUACACCUUCCAGGAUGGAGAUGUUAUACAACCAGUCAGCUUCCUAGAUAAGCUUCGUUUACAGACGGGCUUAACCACAACCAAUACUCUGAUGUCAAAGACAACUUCUCCACCAACAGUGCUUGGGAGGGCAAUUAUUUACAUUCGCCUCGUCUUCAUCACGCUGGGUCCCAUACCAAGUGAGAGUGAAGUUCUACUGGUUGCUAACUCUCUACUCGACUCACAGGUCAGAACUAAGCAGUCUGUCUCAACACAAGACCUGAAUAAUCCUGUGAGCUUUGCGAAUGUCACCUAUCAGAGAAUUUCUGAUAACUCCUAUGCUCUCAACUUUGGAUUUCAAAUCAACAAUGUCACCAUGACUGAGAAACUGGAACUCAGAGAUGAAACCUACACAUCAAUUCAAAACUCUAUUAAUAAUUUGCUGAACCAGAUCUUAAGUUCCCCCUCAGCUACACCAUUUGUGUUCAAACGAGCCAAUUUCACGGGUAACUCAACUGAGAUUCAGGCCGAUGUACAGUAUGUUUUCUCAGAAAGUGACAUUCAGACACCCAGCAUCUUUCUCCAGCAACUUCUGAAAGUUAAUAUUGUUUCUACACCCGCACCUGCUGUAACUUCUCCACCGACUGUGGUUGGGAAGGUGAUUAUUUUCAUUCGCCUCGUGUUCAACACACUGGGUCCCAUACCAAGUGAGAGUAAAGUUCUUGACUUGGUUAACUCUAUACUCCUCUCAAAUCUCAGAACUAAGCGAUCUGCCACAACACCAACCCCGAGUGGUCCUGUGAACUUUGUGAAUGUCACCUAUCAGAGAAUUUCUGAUAACUCCUAUGCUCUUAUCUUUGGAUUUAAAAUCAACAAUGUCAACAUGACUGAGAAACUGGAACUCAGAAAUGAAACCUACACAUCAAUUCAAAACACUAUUAAUAAAUUGUUGAACAAGAUCCUAAGUAACCCCUCAGCUACUCCAUUUGUGUUCAAACAAGCCAAUUUCACGGGUAACUCCACUGUGAUUCAGGCCGAUGUACAGUAUGUUUUCUCAGAAAGUGACAUCCAGACACCCAGCUUUUUUAUACAGGAACUUCUUAAACUUAAUGCUGUUACCACACCUGCACCUGCUGUAACACCCAACACUAGUUCAGCAUGGAUUGUGGCUAUCAUCGUCCCUUGUGCUAUCCUCAUCCUACUUGUCCCUUGCUGGAUUCUCCUUUGUUGUUUGCUCUGUGGUUGCUGUGCAGCAUUUAGAAGACGUUGGCACAGAAGACAGUCAUAUAAUGUGCAGUACACAUCUCGAAACAGCCUCUUCUAGAGAUAUUCAGUGAGAAAAAAAGAUAUGGGCACCACUUUGCAAUGAAAACAAAAAUCAUCAAAUUAACUGAUUUUUUUUUUUUUCUUAAUUUGUAAAAGCCAAAUUUUGGAUAUUAGCAAUGAAUAGUUCCUUUAUGUUAUAUAUCAUAUUGAAUUGAAAGUGUUUAAGCUUCUUUUAUAAAUGAUGUAUUUUAUUGUGCCUGUGUUGCUAGACAUGCAGGCUCUCCAUAAAAAAUAAAUGUGGCAUGAUUUCAAGCUUUCUUUGUAGUAUACAUUAUCAUUAUUCUUAAUUUAUUUAUUUGUAUUUAUUUGUAAUUAAUAUGUUUAAUAAUAUAAACAUUUUAUAUACAUGUAUUUGACAUAAAACAUGUCGUUUAAAGGGACGGAGGUAGAAUAUUUUAAAUAAAUGUUUUUAUUUAUUCAAACUUCAUGCACUUUAUCUAUAUACGGUACACCUACAGCAAAUACAUGUUCUGCAAGUUACAAACAAACAUUUUUGACUGUAGAAACUUCAGUAAAAUACUAUAUGUAUCAAUAUAAAAUACUUUGUAUGUCGUUAUUGUUUUUCUUAAUGUAAUUUGAAUAUGAAGGUUACUGUUAUGGGCCUUAGACUGUUUACAUCAAAGCAUUUUAUAAAUCUAUAUGACCCCUUGGUCCCUACACAGUUGGUUAAUGUUAUUCAAAUGCCUUGUUUCUCAGAUCUUCCAUUGAGUGGAAAGUAAAAAUAUUUUAUGAUUGCUGGAGUUUUUUCUAUGUUUCUAUGAUUUUCUUAAGUGACUUUCAAUUUCAAUGUGUUUUGUCAUCAUAAAAGUGUUUCCAUUUGGAAACAUGAAAACACAAUAAUGUAAAAAUUAGAAGUAGGAGUAUAGUAUUACAAUAAAAAGUAAUUAGGCUAUGCAUUUUGUCAGUAUGUUCUUGA